UCGUUCGAAUGAUCUCAGGAAUUGUUCGUUUCGGAGUUUUUCAUAAUUCAUAAUGUAUGUGUCGGAUUCCAGCAUAUUUCCUCAAGCAGGACUUAGAGUACGAAUAACCAGUAUGAGUGGGCAAGAUUUCUUGACAGAAUUGAAAGCGGAUAUGAAGAUAGAUGAACUGAAGAUAAUAUCUUUAAAUCAUUUUUCAAGUCCUGCUGACAGUAUGAAGAAAUCCUUAUACCAUCGAAUUUUGCUAGUCCGUACAGGGAAGGUUUUGUCAGAAGAAAAGACGGUGUUUGAGGAGGGAAUACAAAAUAAUGAUGAACUAUUACUACUCAAGAAAAGAUUGCCAGCAAUGAACUUUGACACAAAAGAUCGAACAUCAAAUGUAAGUGUUUACAUUUUUUUUAAGAAAAAUAUUUUUUCCCUAGAAAAUAUUUUGAUACCUAUUUUUAUGUUUAUGUUUUGUAUGCAGCAAAAGGAUGAUUCUAAAAAGAUUCCUACAGAAGAUAUAAUCAACAAACUGACAUCAACAUUACCCAAGUCACAGAUAGUCAAAACACCAGAACAAUCAUCAGUUACUGUGGAUUUUCAGACAGAGCUUAGAAAAAUUUUAAUCUCCUUAAUAGAGGCAUCACAGAAAAUUUUGAGUCUGAAUCCAGAAGCAUCCAAAAUAUUCACACAAGCUGAAGAAAUGUUGAAAGAACCAGUCCAAGAACAGGAAAUAGAUGCUACAGCAUUAAAACAGCUAUGUGACAUGGGAUUUCCUGAAAACAGGGCCAAGAAAGCUCUGCUUCUUAAUGAUAUGUCUGUGAUGUCUUCAAUGGAAUGGCUCAUCCAACACGAGUCUGAUGUAGAUGUAGAUGAACCCCUUCCUGGAAGCUCAAUUAACAAGGAGGAGGGUGCAGUUGGUGGAAAAGAGGAGAAAACUUCUGUCACAAAGAAUGGACAUCAAACCACCAACAUACUGCAGUCACUUAGGGAAUAUCGCAAGAGAGAGUUCAAACCAAACCACAAGAUUCUACAAAAUCUUGUUGAAAUGGGAUUUGAUGAAAAAGAUGCCUUUGAUGCCCUGCGUAUCAGCAGAAACAAUCAAAAUGAUGCAUGUGAGUGGUUAUUAGGUGACAGGAAAACACAACCCCAGGACUUGGAUGAAGGUUUGGAUACAGAUGGUGCUGUUUACAAAGCCAUUAUGGCAAACCCACAAGUGCAAUUAGGGCUAAACAAUCCUAGGUGUUUAUUAGCAUUUUUACAGAUGCUUGACAGUCCUCUGGCUGCACAACAGUGGUUGUCUGACCCUGAUACUGGUCCUCUUUUGGUGCAGGUGUCCAGGAUUUAUCAUGCAGAAAAGCAUGCAGAAUUAUAAUUUAACUUUUCAUGAUAUCAAUCUAAAUCAAGCCAAAGAUCUUUUGUGUUUUUAGGUCAUUUGAAUCACUAGAAUGACCUAUUGCUAUUUGUUCCCAUCUGUUGUCAUCUUUCAUCCAUGUUUUGGACAUUUUCAGCUUCUUUAAAGCCCCCCCCCCCCCCCCCCCACUGGGGCUGUAGGAGUGGUGCAAAUUAGUUAAUUUUUUACUGCUAGACUUUAAGCUGAUAAACUGCCUACCUGGUUACAAUAGGCAACAGGCAGCUUUCUCAAGUUGCUUCAAGGGUUACAGAAUCAAGAAUUAAAGGGCACCUUCUGUUACUAAAUAUAGAUUUUUUUCUGUGCAAUUAUUUGAGUCUGUUGAGAUGAAAUAUCCAUAUUUUCAUUAUGGGUUAAUAUGAGAAAUGGCCUAACUGAGAUUGCUUUUGAGUCAUCAAGUGAAAGAGGUUAUGUGCAAGAAAUAAAUUUAUUACCGUAAGUUGGAAUGUUUAUACAUGUAUUUGCACCACAGUGUAAGACCACGGAACAUUAACUGGCAAAAUUGGAAAUAUACAGCUUACGUCAUUUCCACCUGUUACAGUCAGAACAUUUAAUGAUAGACAAUGAAAUGGGCGGGUACAAUUCGACAUGGACGUCCGAUAAAACAUUGGAUUGAAAUUCAUUUUCAAUCCACCUGAGCUUUUUUUCAAACGCAGAGUGUGUGUGUAUGAUCCAGAAGACAAAUAAUUAUUUCAGUUCCUAAAUGCAUGUUGUUUGAAAUUCAAAUUUAUAUAAGUUUUUUUCGCCUGUAAUUGUAAGGGAUGUAAAAGUCAUAGAAGACAGAGAUUAUUUUUUCAGGGGACAGCCAUUUAAUUGUAGAAGGGGGAGGAGGGUCAAAAAUUGUCGAGUCAGAUCAUGCCUUCACGUGACAAAAUGUAUUUAUUUCUAGGAUGACAAGAGCUAUUUUCUUUAGUUUUGUUUUCACUGAAAAAUGUUUGACAGUUAAAAACAGGGAGGGGUUGUCAAAACUAAAAUAAACUUUCUUUUUUAUUUCCAAGAUCAAACAACCCCCCCCCCCCACACACACACACACACAGGCAUGCACAUACCAAACAGGAAUGAAAUGUUUGUCCCUUUUUAUUUCUUUAAAAACAUUGGACAGAAAUUCUGAUUUAUAUAAAUUUCAAACUAUUCCUAAAUUGAAAUAAUUUGUCUUCUGGGUCAAUCAGUAACACCAUGAUUCUAGCGUAGCUGAGGUGGAUUGAAAAUGAAUUUCAAACAAGAAUUUCAAUCCAGUGUUUUCUCUGACAUCCGUGCCAAAUUGUACCAGCCCAUUCCAAUGUCUAUCAUUAAAUGUUUUGAUUGUAACAGAUGGAAAUGACGUAAGCUGCAUAUUUCCAAUUUUGCAAGUUAAUGUUCCGCAGUCUUAUAAGUUGUUCUGUGAAAGUGUGUGACUUGAAUAGGGUUUUAAUUUCUGUGCAAUAAAGAAACCGUAAAGUCUCAUACUUAAAAAAUUAUUCUCUUUACCACUGUGUGUUGUCAAACAACAGUUUCAAGUAAACUUUGACAAGGUAAAGGUCACUGGAAGAGAAUUGUGAAAAUUUUUAUUGGCAAUUAUUUGAAACAGAGAAUUAUAAGCAGUUUGAUACAAACAUGGAAGCUACAUGUACUGUGUUGCAAUUAUUCUUAAAAAAAGUUGCAGCAUGAUACUCAGGUGAGAGUUGAAUAUGUACAUGUAUUAAAGGCGCAUCUUUCCCUUGUCUUAUAAUAUCCUUGAACAUCUGUGAUAUUAUCUAUAAGGAAAACAUUUCAUUUUAUGCAAACCUCUGUGCUUUAUAAUGCUAGAUGUUGUUCAUGUUUUAACCUGCUGAAUGUUAAAUUUUUAAAAGAAAAUGUUUAUUAAAUUAUUAAUGUUU